AUGCCUUUGAUCCGCCCCUUGGUUCGUGCGAGACUGAACCAUGUACGAGUCGGGCAAUUACAGGCAAUUCAGGGAAGGGCCUUGUGGACGAACAAUAUACCAAAGUUGUUUUUGAAAUCAUUUAGAGUGCCUGUGGCUGCUGGUACGCUGUUGAUUACUGUGUUAGGUUAUCUGGACUACAAAGUGCAAGAGGCGAGGAACUAUGCCAAAGACUUUGCAAACGGCGCAUGGGCAACAGCAAGUGGACUGUACCAUUCCUUAGCGAUACCGCAGGUUACGGCUCCCGCGUGGAUACAAGAGCUAUUACAAUCCGCAUCCCCAUCAAACUCCGAACAAUCGAAUUCCAGAGAAUCCUCAGACAAGGAAUCAUCUUCCUCAUUUAACACCGACCCCAAGGAACCCGAACGACCCAACAUCCUCACCACCCUCGCCGCCGCUACAGGCGCAACUCUCUUCACAGACGACGACACCCCCGGCCAAGCAAGAGACGACCAAAUCAUGGUUCUUACGCGUAAAAUGAUUGAAAUUCGGAACAUUCUCCAACGCGUCGGCAAAUCUGACUCCCUCCAACUUCCCUCCAUUGUUGUCAUCGGGUCCCAGUCAUCUGGAAAGAGUUCGGUGUUGGAGGCGAUUGUUGGACAUGAAUUCUUGCCGAAGGGAAACAACAUGGUCACGAGGCGGCCUAUUGAGUUGACUUUGGUGCAUACGCCUGGUGCGACGGUGGAAUAUGGAGAAUUCCCGGCGCUUGGGCUGGGAAGGAUCACGGACUUUGGGCAGAUUCAGAGGACAUUGACGGACCUGAACAUGGCUGUCUCGGAUGCUCAAUGUGUGUCUGAUGACCCGAUUCAGCUCAUCAUCUACUCUCCCAUGGUACCUGACCUGUCGUUGAUCGAUCUUCCUGGGUAUAUCCAGGUCGAGUCGGUGGGCCAACCACCGGAGCUGAGGGAGAAGAUUUCGAAGUUGUGUGACAAGUAUAUCCGCAGCCCGAACAUCAUCCUCGCUGUGUGCGCCGCUGACGUGGAUUUGGCAAACUCACCCGCGUUGAGGGCUAGCAGGAUCGUUGACCCAUUGGGCCUGCGAACCAUCGGAGUGGUUACGAAGAUGGACCUUGUUUCCCCAGAACGGGGUGCUGCCAUCUUGCGAGACAACCAGUACCCACUUCAUCUCGGAUACAUCGGUGUCGUUGCCCAAGCACCGUCUCUAUCUCAGGGUUUGAGGCAGAGGUUGACGGGGGGCAACAUCUCUGGCAUCAUCGCACAGAACGAGAAGAGUUUCUUUGACGGACGCCGGGAAUUCGAUACUGGGAGCGGUGUCAAGACGGGUACAGUCGAGCUGCGACGGACUUUGAUGCAUGUUCUCGAGUCAUCCAUGUCGUCGAGUUUGGAAAGUAUCUCGAAUGCGAUCACGCAGGAGCUCGAGGAGGUUUCCUAUAAGUUCAAGGUCUUGUACAACGACCGCGAGUUAACUGCUGAAUCAUAUUUGGCGGAGAAUGUGGAUGCCUUGAAGCAGAGGUUUAAGGAGUUCUCGGCACGGUUCGGAAAACCGCAGGUUGCGGCGAUGUUGAAGACGGAUUUGGAUCAACGUGUAUUGAAUAUUCUUGCUGAGCAUUACUGGGAUGACAAGACACUCGCGUCCCUGUCGAAUGCUUCUCCGGAUGACAAGCACUGGCAGCACCAUUUCGACGCAUCAUCGCUUGCGCUGACGAGGUUGGGCGUUGGCCGAGUCGCGACUGAUCUCGUUGUCAACGCUUUGUCAAGCAAGAUGCAACGACUUGCAGACGAAACCGACUUCCGCCAUAAUCACUUUGCUUCCAACCACAUUCAGUCCGCUGUCCAGAACAUCCUCAGGUCUCGAUACCAUUCCACUGCUGAUCAGGUAGAGAACUGUGUCAAGCCAUUCAAGUAUGAGGUUGAGGUUGAUGAUCGAGAAUGGAAUGUUGGUAAGGAGCGUGCCGUGGUCCUGUUGAAGGAGGAGGCGGCACGUGUGGAGGCAGCUAUCACAGAAUUGAAGAAGAGUGUGGGCUCGAAGAGGCUUGGCCAGGUCAUGUCAUUUUUGAAGGAACAGGGUGCGAAGGAAGUACAAGCAAAUGAGCAGGAUAUGGGCGGAUAUAGUGGCGCUCUCCUACAGAAGGGCAACUACGCAAACUACCUCCAAACCCGUGCAGAUGUUCUCAAGAUGAGAAUUAUGGCACUCAAGUCGAAGCAGUGUCGAUCCAAGGAGAAUCAGAUGUACUGUCCGGAAGCGUUCUUGAACGUCGUUGCGGAUAAGCUUGCUGCGACGGCAGUGUUGUUCAUCAACGUCGAGUUGCUCACAGAGUUUUACUAUCAGUUCCCUCGCGAGCUCGAGAACCGACUUGUUCGCAAUCUGACGCCGGAUCAAAUCCAGGCCUUUGCAAGGGAGGACAAGGAGGUGAAGGCACACAUUGAGAUGCAAGAAAAGAAGGAGUUGCUGCAGCUCGCACUGGACAAGAUUGAGUCUGUCAUACUGUUGGAGAAGACGAGCAAGAUGCAGCAAGAGCAGCGCAGGUGA